CAUUUUGUUUCAGGGCAACGUACGCUAAUCAGUACAAAAUGUUGAUUACUAAUGAAUAAUUAUUAUCGAAAUGCCGAAUGAAUUUAAAUUUUCCACCCUACCGUCUACUGUACUGUAUCAAUCAAUGACAAUAAUACAUAUCUAUAAUUUCUCUAGGACUUCAGUGUGUUUUCCCUAUCUCUAGUUUUCCCUAUGUCGAAAUAUCAAAUUUUAUUUCAAAAAUGUACAAAUUAUCUAUGGUGCAAAUGAUUCGGAAAAAUGUCAGAAGGAGGGAUUCGUGUCUAUGGAAGAAUUUCAGUACAAUAUAGCAUAGCAAUAGUUUUAAAUAAAAUAUAUACUAUUUUUAAAGAAAUGCUGUUAGAACUAGAAUAUUACAAGUUUAGAAGUGAUAGGUUAUUGAUGUAACCUAUUACAAAAAAAUAAAUUGUCCUUAUGUAAAUGUAUGGAUUGAUAUAACAGCUUAUCAAGAUAGUAAAAUAAAAACACCUAAUUUAGGGACAAUGAAAAGUUUUAUAAUACCUAAUUUUCAAGGUCUUAUAGAAUCUAUCGAAGAAACUUCUGAUAAAGUUGUUGUAAUAUCAAUAAUAGGAAAAAGUGCAUAUUCUGUUUUGGGGCAGAAAGUAAGAGGAUUGGAGAUAAUGUUCAAUUUAUCAAGUAAUAAUACAAAUGAAUAUUCAAUUGAAGGUUCUUUUGAUGAAGAAAAUCAAAUAAUUUACUUAAAUGUAAGAAGCAUGAUGGAUACUGAUAUUUUUAUAGAGCAUUAUGAAGAACUCGUUAAAAAAUAUGAGCAAUAUCAUAAAACCAGUGAUUUUCUUGCAGUUUAUAAUGAAAUUAAAAGUGUUUUUGCUAGAAUAUUGUUACUGCUAUUUUCUGUUAGUCAUAUUGUAAUUCUUUCACAUCCUAAACCAAUAUUUGAUGUCAGUUAUAUCCAAUUUUUAAAAGCAGUUGACUCUCUAAGAAUGAGUAUUUGUAAUAGCUUAACAGAUACUCUUAAGCAAGUAGAUGGUUUGCCUCAAGAAUGGGUUGUAAAUAAUCGGUUUUGUGUACCACGUUUACUUUUUUACUUUGAUUCUGGUUUUAAAGGUAUACAGAAUAUUAAAAAAAUGGAACAUAAUAUGGAAGAUAGAAUAUACCACAUAUUAAGGAAAACAAGGAUUAUAGGAAAUUUUGGAUCUAGCUUAUUUUCAAUUCCACUGAAUGAAGAAUUUGUUUUCAUUUCAACAGAAGAACAAGUUGACAAAUUAGGUCAAGCUGUUAAAAGGCUCUAUGUUAGUUGUCAACAGGGUCGCACAAUGCCAAUAAAACCACCAUUCUUUAGUAACCCAACUCCAGAACACAGUAUUCAAGCUCUUUUGCAAGUACAUGUACAAAAAGCUCGAAGCAAAGGAUUUGAUGAUAACGUUUCAAGCCGACAUUCACAACAACCAACUUACUUCCUGCUUCCUACAGUUAAGCAAUGGACAGGAGCUUGUAAAGUAUUGUAUGAAGUCAUUAUAAAACCUGAAUUAUUACCAACUCUUUGUACUGACACAAAAUUUUCUGAACAACGUUGUCUAAAAGUUCUUCCUAUUGCAAUGGCUAGAUACCAGGAAGGCUUACCUAGUCACUAUACAAAAGCGGUUCACGAGGGACGUUUAGCUAUCGCGCUGGCCCUUUUUGCUGCACAAGCCAGAGGAUCUUUAUUCCAGAAGUAUAGUGAACAAUUAAUAACAGAAUGUCAGGCCUAUUGGGAAUCAGGAAGGCAACUGUGUGAAGUUGCUUCACUAACGGGAAACCCAUGCACAUUACCAAAACACAGCAGAGGAGAGCAUUGUAGCGGCGUUAGAUAUGUUGCCUCUUGUGAUUGUGGUCGCAAACAGUGUUCCCGUGAAGAUCCCUAUACUGCUCAGCAGGCAAAUUACGAUUUCUAUCAGAUGUUAAGUAAAGAAUGCGUAUGUGGAACACUUGAUCGGAUAAAUUUUCCCGUUUUCGAACCCAGUACUAAAGAGUUCAAAGCAGCCACGCUUGCUGAAUCUGAGGAACACCUGUCUGUACAUUCAGAAGAUCGCAGUCAGCUAACUCCAGGAAUGGAAAAGAGCUUAGUACGUCAGCCGAGUACCACUGAGUAUCUACCGGGAAUGCUUACACUUAGCUCGCCUCCUGGAUUAUUACCCACGUUUUCAAGUUGGUCGUUGCUUUGUUUAGGACCUUCAUCUCUUUACAGUCAUAACUUGGGCCUCUCCGAAUCCCAACAUCCAGGAUUUUUAAACGCUACUAAUUAUUUAUUGCCGUGGGAUGUCACUGUAACAUCUAAGAGUAGAACGUCGUGGCCUCAAAUGGGAAAACAUCCAGUAAGAGGCCGUAGACCAAGAAUGAGCGGUAGCUUGCCACAGUUUACCGUGAAAGUUUUUAUUGGAGUCGAGUAUGAAUGCCCCCGGGGUCAUAGAUUCAUGUUGGCUGCACCCGAUAAAGUAUUACGCGCUGCUCCAGGAAGUAUUGUUAAAGAUACGGGACAUAAAAUAGCCGAAUCGGAUAUGCCAUUAUAUUUUCCAUGUCCCUGCCGGUCAGUAAAGCCCUUAACUGCGCAACUAAUGAGGCUACAUAUAGUUACACCAAAAGCGCCAGUACACUGUACUCUUUAUCCUAGGGUGCAACCUGCAGCUGGAUCUCCUAUAUUUAUAGCAUCUGCCGAUGGACCGGUUAUUGUUACCCAAUCGGCAUAUUGGGUUAUGCGUUUACCUUACGUCUACGCGUCUGAUAAAGGCAGUUAUACUGAAAAUAUUACUGCCCGAUUAUUAGCUAAAGUUUUUGCAGUAACUGCAAUUGAUGAUUAAUUUGUAUUUAUGACUAAUAAUAUUUUAUUUUUGAUAUCUUUGUUUAUUCAAAUAGCAUCUUAUGGGGAAAACGAUAAUUAGAAACUAAUUCAACAAAAGCUCUUACAAUUAAUAAACCUAUUUAAACAACGAUAAAAA